CGUCUCCAUGCCACGACUCGCUCUUUCGUUCCAUCUUGUGGAGCGGCGAAAGGGAGACGCGCUAGUGUUCACGUUUAGGGCUGGUGAUUAAGAGAACACAGAACGAGAAGACAGGACACCCAGGAUCAGAGAUCUCGCGAGAGCGGCCGCGUGGCUGGCUGGCUGGCUGUGAGGUUGCAGCAGACGGAGGGAGAAGGCAGGCAGGCAUCAUGGCGGACAGAGACAGUGGAAGUGAGCAGGGAGGAGCGGCUACGGGCCCGGCUCUGAGCUCCAUGCACGCGGUGGCAGGAGGGGCGGGCUCGGCUUCCGGCCUGCAGCACGACACGCAGGAGCUCGCGUCCAAGCGUGUCGACAUCCAGAACAAGCGCUUCUACCUGGACGUGAAGCAGAACGCGAAAGGCCGCUUCCUAAAGAUCGCCGAAGUGGGGGCCGGUGGCAACAAGAGCCGCCUGACGCUCUCCAUGUCGGUGGCCGUCGAGUUCCGAGACUACCUCGGGGACUUCAUCGAGCACUACGCGCAGCUUGGGCCCAGCAACCCGGACGCGGUGCAGGACGAGCCGAGGCGAGCGCUCAAGAGCGAGUUCCUGGUGCGCGAGAAUCGGAAGUAUUACAUGGAUCUGAAGGAGAACCAGCGCGGCCGCUUCCUGCGGAUCCGACAGACGGUAAACCGGGGGCCUGGCUUGGGCUCGGCGCAGGGCCAGACCAUCGCGCUGCCGGCGCAGGGGCUCAUCGAGUUCCGCGACGCGCUCGCCAAACUUAUCGACGACUACGGUGUGGAGGAUGAGCCUGCCGAGCUGCCCGAAGGCACGUCGCUCACUGUGGACAACAAGCGCUUCUUCUUCGACGUGGGCUCCAACAAGUACGGCGUGUUCAUGCGCGUGAGCGAGGUGAAGCCCACGUACCGCAACUCCAUCACGGUGCCCUACAAAGUGUGGGCCAAGUUCGGCAGCACGUUCUGUAAAUACGCCGAGGAGAUGAAAAAGAUUCAAGACAAGCAGCGGGAGAGGAGGGUGUGCGAGCAGCAACAACAGCCGGGAGAGAUGCACCCGGACGACGGGGAUGAGGAUUGAUAAUGAGCGGAGAGUUGGGAGGGAGGAUAACAUGCAAAAAAAAAAAAAAUAUACGAUCAAAACAAAGCGAAACGACGCGUAAAACGAACUUUACUGUACAAAUGAAAGAAACGUAAAGAUUUAACUGUAACGGUUUAACUCCAAGGGGCAGUAAGUAUCCACAAACGUACAGCAAACCUCCACAAGAUGACAGGUGCAACUCGUACCCCAUCACUGGAUGUGAUCCACUUACCCACCAUUAAUACAGUAAGCGGCUGCUAAACAGAGUAAUAACAUUAUAUAGGCUAUGAACUGUGUUUCCUACUUGACUACAGAUAAAGAACUGAGUGUUUAUUUCCCUUAUUAACCGAGAACUUUUAUACACGUCAAAGAUAUUAUAAAAACAGGAAAAAAAAGUGUUUGCAAUGUUCAAAUGGAAUUAUUGCUGAAACAUGAAAAAAAACAGUCCUUUAUGUGUAAGCUAAUAACUUCAGCACAACAAAUCAGAUGGUUUUAUUUUAUGUUCUCUCCUUUUUUAAAAACUAAAUUUUCAAAUCCAGUUAAGAGGCUGUCAUGGUAACCAUGCCACUCAUAUGUUAAAAGCAUCACCUGAAGGCUAUUCAGGACCGUGGAGGUGAAAAUGUCAGUGAACGUAGAAGGCCUUGGGUACAGGUUAACUCUGGCAAAGGUCACAAGUGCUCACUGUACUAAAGAAUGCAGUCGGUUUCUUAGACGACCUGUUUGACUGGACGAUGGUCCUUGACAUGGAGACCUAUACGCAAAAGGUGGCCUAUGGAGUAUAAUCCCAGUGUAUUUUUUUAUCCAUUGAAAUAAUUGUCAUGCAGAUGAGUAUACUAUGUACUUGUGUCUUGUUGUCAUGCGAAGUGUAUAGACAAGUUAUGAAAGAUACUUUAAACAAGGGGAAGCAGUGACAACAGAAAGACUACUUUGAAAGUUUUGUAAUGGAAAAAUUCUUCCCAAAACUACCAGGCCCCUAGAUGAAGGUGCAAAGAAACAUGAAAAUGCUAAUGUAAAAAAAAUAUAUAUAUAUAGACAGAGUAUGAUUUUGUGAGUCAGCUGUAUUUCAGUGCUUACAGAGAAGAUAAUACCCUACGUUUUUAGUGGGGGAAUUAAAUAACAAUCUCUAGAAGGAUUUAAAUAUUAUAUCGGUCUACCAAUGAGAGUAUGAGUGGCGCCAAGGAAUGCUGUUGUUGCAUGUUAACCUAUACACAGCUACAUUGAGGUGGGUUUCUCAAUGUGUGUCCUCAAGGACCUUCUAUUUAGUGAUUUCAUGGACAGUGUCCUGUCAGUGAUGUUUGGUCACUUAGUUGAUGAAUAAUUUCCGUUCAACCUGUAAAUACAGUAUUGAAUCCUUGACUGCUUGAUCAUACAUGAACGACAGGUCUGUUGCAAUGAAAUCUCACUCUCUCUCUCAGGGGUCCUUUAGGACCUGUGUUGGGGAAAGCCCUAGUCAGAAAUGUAAGGAUCUGCAGUGAAGCUUGAUAAUGUUGGUACGUUCCCCGUUUGAGAAAUGUAGCAGGACAAAGUUGGAAUGGAGUGCAUUUGUGGGUACGGUUUAUCUACAGACAUCUCCAAAUCCAUGCACUUAUUGAAAAGAGGUGUAUCCUGCCUCAGAAAAGUUCACAAUAUUAUGAAAUCAGUGACCGUGAUUAUUUGCACACGAAGGAACCAAAGCAGUAUCGGCAUUUUACAUUUCAAUUUAUUCAUUCAGCACUCUUUUACUCAAAAGUUGAGUCUUAAGGCCUCAGAACAUUUAAAGUGCCCAUUUAAGUGAUUUCAUUUUGUAUGUUGACGUAGUUCCUUCUGAAACAGGAAGUCAGAGUGAAGUUGUGUUGACUUACACAUCAGCCAGUAGCAUUCACGAUAUACCACUCCCCUGCAGAAUGUAAACAUACCUGACUGGAGCUUAGAGAGCUAUUUAAAAAUGGAGAAGCAAAGAGUUUAAUGAGAAGUGGGAAGGAUUUUCAUCUGCGUCUUCACCCACGCCAUUUGACUUUAAUAAUAUCAUACAUGAUGAUGAGAUGACUUGUUUCUGGAGGUUUUAGCCAGUUCCUCCAGGAUUUUGCGAUCACUGAAAUUAAAGCAAACUCAAGCCAACUCCGCAAUAUUCAGAGUAGCCUUCAAUUUUUCAAAAUGAUCACAGAUUUUCCUCAGAUUUGGGCCAAGACACAUCAUGUGAAGUCAUCACAACACGCAUUCAGUCAAAGCCCCCUUCGAUUCAUGUUUUGUACAUGAGUACAGCUAAAAAGGUCUCAUUUACCAACAAACAUCACUGUGAGAGACUGUGCUAAACAAUGUGCAACUGCAAUUUCGGCAAUUCGCAUAGUUUUCCACAAUAAAAGCACAAAAAAAAUCUCAGCGCAAAAUUUGAAAAAAGCCACAGAAAAUUUGAGCAUUUUAGCUGCAGCAAUCACAAAAAAACUAUGACAUGCUUUAUGGACUUUUUAGCAGAGGUUGAUCAUCAGCAGUGCUGAGAGAGCGUCACAGGGUCGUGGAGGCAUCAGGUGGUAGAAUUGAAUGGUCCGAGUGAUAGGAUUAUAGCUAAAUAACUAUCAAUAUUUGUACAUAAUUCUGUCUAGGUUGUUACAGUAUAGAGUAAGAUCCACCUCCUAGGGUGGCAUGUAUACGUGUUCUAGAGUGCAUAUAAUUGCAUGAUCAUCAGUAAAGUCUAGAUGUACGUCAUCACACAACAAUGUAGAAAAAUUUCGGAACGCUAUUUUUGUGGGUUAUUUUUAGAUAUAGUAUCGUAAUUGGUGUCCAUAUUAUUAUUGGACAGGCACAACAAGUUCUGAAAUCCCAAUUUUGAUUUCACGGGCACUUUAAAGUAGAGACGACAUCCGCAAGGGUUAAAAGAAAAUGAAACCACAUUCACAAGCUUACAAGCUCACAGUUUCAUAUAGGCUGUCGCAUAUGAACGAAUGAAUGAUCAAGUCACACACUUUGUCAUGUAGCGUGUUCGUCGAUGGAGUUUGCCCAGCUACUGUUGGCGUGAAGGGCAAGCAAAGCCUCACCACUAUAGCCAUUUACUUCUCAACUACAUCGUAAUGUUUGUAGAAGCCAGCUGAACGUCAUCCUUUAAGGAGGCCUUUAAGAGCAUAAAGUAUUUGAACUCGCAACAGUGAAACAAUGCAAAACAAUAAAACCACGACUGCUGAAAGUUCCUGUGAGCCACUCUGUCCGAUUGUAACCAAAUAACUCAAAUUUUAUGAGAUGUAGAUCUGCAGGUUGGCCAUACCCACAAGCAGAAACUUCUGUUUCCACAAGCUGCAAGGCUCAAAACAAGAAGGACGCACAACAGUUGUAAAGCUUGACCGCCGGUCAUUGUGUGCCCGACUAGGAGAGCCAACUUUAAUGUUACUUGUUGGGGAGCAUACUCUUCAGCAUUGGUGCCUUAUACUCCACAUGCUUACACGCUGGCUGGUGCUUUGGAUCAAAGUUUGGGUUCUUGUCUUUCCUAUAUCCUUUUUUUUUUUCUGAGGCUUUGUUGGACUUGCUUGGUGUCCUAAAGAUAAUAUGGGUGUUUCACAAGCUCCUGACCCUCAGCCUUUCCCUGACUACUGACUCAGUCUGUCCCUUCCCAUGCUGUCAUUGAAUCGCAUCUAAGCAUCAGCCCACAUGUAAACUCAGACAUGGGUUGGUAUCCUUGAAAACACAGUACAGUCUUUUCCACUGGUUUUCACAUGUCAGAUUUUGGGAAGAGGCAAACAGGAGAAGGGUUUGUGGGCUAGGUUUGGCUACAGGUGCCCAAAUUUGACAUUUGUGAGAUUACCCGCUCACAGCUCUAGAUCUUGGCAGCAAUUUGUCUGAAUUACUCAUGGCCAGCACGUCCUUUGGUUUUCCCCCCAAUUCUUUGACUUUCCACAGCACUUGUCAUGGCUUUUUGUUUUCUUUCCAUUAUUUCAUUACUGUGUGCAAUAUAAAAUGUGCCAAUGGUGGCAUUAUGUAGUAUAUCAAUUAAAAGACGAGGGUUAAUAUUUGAAAGCAUGUGGCUGAAUUCCACAUUUAUUUUCUUGAGGUUUGAAAAGCCUUUAUCUGCACUUAUAAUUAAAAAGGUCUGGGUCUAGAAGAGAAGAAACCAAGCUUAAUGAGCAAACUUCACCCAACCUGGUCAAACCAACAUAGAGCAGUUACCUAGCACUUUUAGAGAGCAUCCAUAUGCUCCAUGUAAUGUUUCCAUUUCUCUGAACAUGGGAAGGGAGACGGAGCAGAAAUGAUGAUUGAUUGGUUAUAAAAGUGGUACUUGUGUUUGGGCCUCGGGGUCCGAGGCAUUACACAUGUAUUCGUGCUCCUCAAUUGGUUUUCUAUUCUAUGGGAAGGCUUCGAUGAAGGUGUCUGGUGGACUCUUCUGUCGUCAGUAGUUGAUGUCAGUAGCACAUUGCUUUCCCAGCUGGAAAAAAAAAGUCUGACAAAUCUUUGUUUGAAAAUUCUCUGAACAAGGAAUGUCUAGUGCAAUUUCUCUUUAUUUUUCUUUUCUCUUCUGUUCCUUCCCUUUGCAAGAAUGAUUACUGAAUAACACGUUUGGUGGUGAUGCGUCAAAUAUAAUUUAUGUACAUUUUACAAAUUUUAAAAUAAAAGAAAUGUUAAUUUACCCACAUCACUAAAAAAAAAAAAGAGUUUAAUUUUCAACAAA